AUGUCUACCUCCUCACCAGAAGAUCUGUCCGGCAAAGCCCACUCCGACUACGUCGAGACGACUGAGAAAACCGCCUACAUCUCCGAUGCCGUCGACGCACUGGCCGAACCGCACAAGGCGUAUCUCAUCGAACGCCAUGGCACGCUGGAUCUCGAUCCGUUGCCUAGCAUGGACCCCGCGGAUCCGUACAACUGGCCCGCCUUCAAGAAAACAAUGAACCUAGUCCUGGUGGCCUUCCACGCCUGCAUGGGCACCUUCACAGCCGCCGCCAUCAUCCCUGCGUACGAGUCGAUCUCCGAGGAUCUCGGGGUGAGCAUCCAGCGCGUCAGCUAUCUCACCUCCCUGCAAAUCGCCAUCCUGGGCGGCGCCCCGCUGCUGUGGAAGCCGCUUUCCAACCGGUUCGGCCGCCGUCCGAUCUUUUUGUUAUCGCUGGUGCUCAGUUGCGUGUGCAACAUCGGCUGCGCGCGCAGCCCGGACUACGCCUCGAUGGCGGCGUGCCGCGCGCUGGUCUCGUUCUUCAUCUCGCCGGCGAUGGCGAUCGGCAGCGCGGUCGUGACGGAGAUGUUCUUCCGCCAUCAGCGCGCGCGGUACAUGGGGAUCUGGGCGGUGAUGGUGACGCUGGGGGUGCCGAUCGGGCCAUUCAUUUUCGGAUUCGUGACGGAGCGCGUGGGAUAUCGCUGGAUUUACUGGGUAUUGGCUAUCACCAACGCAGUCGAAUUCCUCCUCUACCUCCCCUUCGGCCCCGAAACCCGCUACAUCGGCACCGACCACGCCGCCAGCCAAACCACAACCUUCCACCGCGAAUACCUCAGCUUCUUCACGCGCAUCGAUCCGACCCCCCUCUCCCUGUCUGAGUUCCUGCACCCCCUCACCCUAUUCACCAACAUCCCCGUCCUGAUCGCCGCCGUCGCCUACGCCAUGAUCUUCCUAUUCGGGAGCGUCAUGAACUCGGUCGAAGUGCCGCAACUCCUGCAGACCAAAUUCGGUCUCACCGCGCAACAACUCGGCCUCCAAUUCCUGGGGCUGAUCAUCGGCUCCCUGCUCGGCGAACAACUCGGCGGCAUCGUGUCCGAUAAAUGGAUGGCCCUCCGCGCCCGUCGCACGGGCCACCAGCCGCCCCCGGAGUACAGGCUGUGGCUCAGCUACCUCGGGUACGUGGUGACCAUGGCCGGCAUGGUCGUGUUUCUGGUGUGUACGGCGCAGGCCACCGAGGGGAAGUGGAGUGUGGCGCCGGUGGUGGGGACGGCGAUUGCCGCGUGCGGGAAUCAGGUCGUGACCACCGUGUUGAUCACCUAUGCGGUGGAUACGUAUCCGGCGGAUGCGGGGAGUGUCGGGGUUUUUAUCAACUUUGUGCGGUCUACGUGGGGGUUUAUUGGGCCGUUCUGGUUUACGGAUCUGUUUGAGAAUGUCGGGGUUGCGGACAGUUCGGCGGUCGUGGUGGUGAUGAUUGUGGUGGGGAGUGUGGUGCCGACGGUGGCGGUGCAUUGGUUUGGGGCGAGGUGGUAUAAGAGGGAGUAA